CGUCGCCGCCGCCCUCGCCCUCCGCGCCGCGGCCCCGCCAGUUCAUCCGACUGGCGGAGCGGAGCGCGCCCAGCCUCGUCCCGCGGCCGGGCCGGGGCCGGGCCGGAGCGGCGGCGCCUGGAUGCGGACCCGGCCGCGGGAAGACGGGCGCCGGCCCCGAAGCGACUUUCGAUCCCCGACGCGCCCUGCCCGACCCCGACGAUGAAGAAGGCGUCCAGCGGAGGGAGCCGGCUACUGGCCUGGGUGCUGUGGCUGCAGGUGUGGCGGGUGGCAGCUCUGUGCCCGGGAGCUUGCGUGUGCUACGACCAGCCCAAGGUGACCACAAGCUGCCCACAGCAGGGCCUCCUGGCUGUGCCCGCUGACAUCCCAGCGGCCAGCCAGCGCAUCUUCCUGCACGGCAACCGCAUCGCGCACGUGCCAGCAGCUGGCUUCCGUGCCUGCCGCAACCUCACCAUCCUGUGGCUGCACUCGAACGCACUGGCCCGCAUCGACGCCGCUGCCUUCGCGGGCCUGGCCCUGCUGGAGCAGCUGGACCUCAGCGACAACGCGCAGCUGCGGGCCGUGGACCCCGCCACCUUCCACGGCCUGGGCCGCCUGCACACCCUGCACCUGGACCGCUGCGGCCUGCAGGAGCUGGGUCCCGGCCUGUUCCGCGGCCUGGCUGCCCUGCAGUACCUCUACCUGCAGGACAACGGGCUGCAGGCGCUGCCGGAUGACGCCUUCCGAGACCUGGGCAACCUCACACACCUCUUCCUGCACGGCAACCGCAUUCCCAGCGUGCCCGAGCGCGCUCUCCGAGGCCUGCACAGCCUCGACCGCCUGCUGCUGCACCAGAACCGUGUGGCCCGCGUGCACCCGCACGCUUUCCGCGACCUUGGCCGCCUCAUGACACUCUACCUGUUCGCCAACAACCUCACGGCACUGCCCGCAGAGGCCCUGGCGCCUCUGCGUUCCCUGCAGUACCUGCGGCUCAACGACAACCCCUGGGUGUGCGACUGCCGGGCCCGCCCACUCUGGGCCUGGCUGCAGCAGUUCCGCGGCUCCUCCUCUGAGCUGCCCUGCAGCCUGCCCCGGCGCCUGGCUGGUCAAGACCUCAAGCGCCUGGCGGCCACCGACCUAGAAGGCUGCACCGCGGCUGCUGGGCCUUCCCGUCCCUUCUGGACUGGCGGGCCUGCCGAUGAGCAGCUGCUGGGGCUUCCGAAGUGCUGCCAGCCGGAGGCUGCAGACAAAGCCUCAGUGCUGGAGGCCGGCGGUCCGGCCUCGGCCGGCAAUGCGCUGAAAGGACGAGCACCACCCGGCGACAGCCCUCCAGGCAAUGGCUCUGGCCCAAGGCACAUCAACGACUCCCCCUUUGGGGCUCUGCCUGGUUCAGCUGAGCCCCCACUAACCGCCCUUCGUCCCCAGGGCUCUGAGCCACCAGGACCCCCCACCGUGGGGCCUCGCCGGAGGCCAGGCUGUUCCCGGAAGAACCGCACUCGCAGCCAGUGCCGGCUGGGCCAGGCGGGCGGUGCGGGCGGUGCUGGCAGUGCAGGCGGUGGUGCUGGAGACGCAGAGGGCUCAGGAGCCCUUCCUGGCCUCGCCUGCGGCCUCACGCCCCUUGGUCUUGCACUGGUGCUGUGGACCGUGCUGGGGCCCUGCUAACCAGCCCCCGAUGGCCAGCAAAGCCUUUCUCAGUGGCUGGGUGUGUGUACAUACGGGGUCCCCUCCACACUGCGACUGGCACCGGGGCGCAGGUGCCGUCCCUGAAGGACGCCUUCCACCCCUCACCCCAUCUCCACUCCAUCAUGUUUACAGGGAGCAGUGGCCGUGUUUGUUCCAGAACACCGCCUCCCGCCCGGACUGCGGGGUAUAGAAAUAUGCAUUUUAUUUUACUGGUGUAAAAAUACUGGGCAAUGUGGAAUA